CGCCGGAACAUCGGAAAACAAAUGGCGCAUUGUCCUAUCAAUGGUUCAUACUCUGGUCUUUGUCAUUUUGUUGUGCCCUCUGGUGGCUGUCUACAUGGGUGGGUUGGUAGUUUCGGCCGUGCUUUCGGUGUGGCGUCUGAUACAACAAGAUUACCAUGCUGAUGGAGUCAGAAACCUGAAGAAGGCGCUGGUUGUCUUGUAUUCCCUUGUCCUGCUCCAGGUUGUGAUUUUCUGCUACAAGAUCAUCAAUGGUUGGGCAAAGGGGUCUAUAGUGAAUGCAGUAGUCGACCAAAGAGGCUUUGAUAAGGAUUUUCGUGAUGGGAUAUCGGAUUACAUACGUGAAACAAUGAUGAGAUGUGAAAAGGACCCAUCAUUGGUUAAAGGAAGGAACCUCAUCACAUAUGCUGUGGGCCUGAUGGAGUCUAAGUCGCCUGACGACUACAUUUCCGGGGUAAGGAUCCUGGAUGCAUUCGCCAAAAAACUGGAGGCAGAAGUGAAAGGGGUCAAUGGGGAGGUACACUAUCCGCACAAAUACACAGGGGAGAAUAUACUCAAGAAACAUCUGAUCAUGUCUGCACCCUCUCCCGACAUACUCCAAAAGCUGCUGCAGACGUUGGGCCGCAUAAGCAUAUAUGAUAGAGAGACAAGGGGGCGUGCCGCAAGGGUGGUGGCGAGCAUUGCUCACGACAUCCAUUUGGAGAAAUAUCCAAAGGCAAUUGGCUACAUAUCUUCCCUCCUUGACACAUUCGAAGAAUACUGUAUUUUCCAACCAUAUACGGGAGACUGGCUAUAUGAAACAUAUGAACAAGAUUCAAAGCAAAUAUCCUUGUCGGUGAACCAAGAUGACAUCGUUGAGCAAGGGGACUAUGAUGCUCGCGUUGCAAGAACCUACAAAAUGCUGCUCAAGGCUGAGAGAAGUGACGAUGACCUUCUGCAGGGCUACAAAACGCUGGUGGAGCAAGGUCUCCGUAUCCUUCAGAAGCUCGCAGCCAACAAUGACAACUGCAGAGUCAUGUUCGGUACCCCAUAUCUACUGCCAAAGAUUAUGGUGCCUGUGACCUCCGGCCUACUCCACCACCGCAAUGAGGAUGGCCGCAUGAAGCACAUUGACAAUGCUGCAUGUUACAGCAUAGUAGAAGGUUCAAUGAAGGUGAUUGCCCAGCUCACGGCUGCUACAGGGCACAUAGGCACCAAGCUGCGUGAUGAAAUCUCAUGCAGUAUGGAAUUGAUCACAGCCAUGAGGACGAUUCUCGAGUGUAAAGAAUGCAAUGAAAUGCUGCAGAAAAUAGCUAUUUGGAUUCUCACGCACCUACACCAGGAUGAAAAUUCCAGUCCAGGGCAUGAAGGGACACAAGAAUUCAUUACGAUGUUGGUUGACAUCAUGACCCAAGAUAAAAAUUACAAGGAGGCUACAAGGGUGGUUGCAGCUAAAGCGCUGGUGGCUCUAUCAUCCGGGAGUGCCAGGAUUAUCAUGGGGUCAAAUAACAAUGUUAUUCACAGUCUGACUAGAUUGAUUGUUGAAAAACAAAGAUGCUCACAAAUGGCAACUGAAAUCCUGGAAAAUUUAUGCAUUCAUUGCAAUGAUGAUGUCCAAAGCCUCAAAACGCUGAAGGAAGCUAUGCCCAUUGUGGUUCCAAAGCUGCUUGAAGAAAUACUUUUUUGGCCAACAGAAGAAAGACAUAUAGGAGGAACAGAAGUUAAUCGGCUGAUACCAGAACCCAACGUAGAAAACCAAUGUGAUAAUUCCCCAGACAAUGGCCAGGCAAACAACAACUCGUCUUCCGCACAGCAGCAAGGGUACAGCUCGUUUCGCAUGUUAUCUCGUUGUGUCACAAUAUGGGGUGCGUUGAUAAGUGCAGAUCAGGACUUGACACAUCUGUUUACGGUAGUCCCCCCCGGAGGCGGUGGAAUUAGCUUCGUAAUGAAGCUCAAAGAGAUCGUUGAAAAACAUGAGCACCACAGACCCGUCUGCCUGAGAAUAAGGAAGCUUGUCUGUAAGAUGGUCAUAUCUAUGAUGAAUCCCAAAGGCAGCUAUGUCAAUGAUGGGCUGACGAGCUUGAUGGCUGCACUGUCCAGUGCUUCAGAUGACAUGUUUAUUCUUGAUGGCUACAUGGUUUUAGGACAAAGGCCUGUUAGAAGUCUUGCUUCCCUCGUGGAAGAAGCGCGGGUGCUUGUGGACAGAAACAAGGAGCUUUUCCAGAGCCAAACCCAUGUGGAAAGGCGCAGGUACAUGUGAACAAAGAGCUUUUCCAGGGCCAAGCCCAUGCUUCUACUACUAGUGGAGAGGGUGGUGGCGCGAAGGUUGCCAGCGAUCUUUUGUGCAGUUGCUCUGGUUAAUUAGCAGGCGGCUAGGGAUGGUCUGGCUCUUUACUUAUGUUCCCCUUUCUGUCUAUCCUAAAG